AUGCCGGCUAGCACCAAACGUUGCAACUAUUAUCCGCCAGAAACGGUGCUAAUUUGCCGUUUGUAUCUCGAGCACACCCACGACUCUGUGGUGGGUGUCGACCAAAAAGGGGCGAAGUUUUGGGGCUCCCUCUGCACCCAAUACAACGCUAAAAGGCCCCAAGGAUCUAUUUCACGCGACGUCACGCAAAUCAAAUCUCACUUUCAACAGGUGGCGAAGGAUUCGAAGAGGUUUGAGGCCAUGCACAAAAAAUGUCACGAUCAAUGGAAAUCAGGCAUGAGUGAUGGUCAAAUCACGGAGCAAGCAGAGGCAAUAUGGCUAGCCGAGUUCCGUGUGCCGUUCCGGUAUCCGCAUGCAUGGAAGAUCUUGCACGAGUCCAAGAAAUUUGCAAGUCUCGGCGAGGAUGUUCACUCCGAUGUCCAUUCGGACAAACGAUCCAAGGGCUCCGACGGUCUUGCCACAACGACUUCUAGCGACGCGAGUAUCUCCACCCGGCCCCAAGGGCAAAAGGCGGCCAAGAGAGACAAAGGGAAAUGCAAGAAAAAGGCCGAAGAGACGUCGGGGGAUAACAAAAAAGCUCUCGGGUACAUGGCGAAUAUGGUGAUUGCAAUGGAAAAGUUCUCCCAAGUUCAACGUGACCUCGCCGAUAGCAUGUGCAAUGCCAUUGCUGGAAUGGGUGCAAUAGAAGUGGGGACCACUUCUAUUGCACCCAACAAAGUUCACGGUUGUUGA